UUACUGGAGCAGUGUGGCUACUGCAAAACAGCAGAGGCAUCUGUGGUCCACACAUACCCCGCCAUCCACCUACAUCUUGGCGCGAGCAUCUCUCCAACGCAGUGCGGCUUUAAGAGGACCGGGGCUCUUAAAUCUGUGCUUGGCUCCUCCUUCCGCCAUGAUGUCAGUCGGAGGGAGAGCGAGAGGGAGAGAGGUGGGCAGUAUUGAGGAACUGAGUUCAUACAAUACUACUGAGACAUCUACAGCUUAGCAGACAGAUACGGUGAACCGCCUAUCCCGGCUCCUGUAAGUGAUGCUGCACUGAGGCACACUUUGAUCCAAAUCCACUGGGGGGGCGAUGCGCUUUCUGCAUCCCUCCAUUAAGAGUUUUUUUGGGGGAGCGUACUCAACCUCGAAUCAGUCUAAACAAGUCUUUUUUUGUUUUUUUUUAAAUAAAUUAGCUGUAUGCUUUCAGUUUUUCAUCAGAAGUCCUUUUUUUUUUGCGCUCUUGGAUUGAAGUUUUACGCGCGGGUCAAGAAGCGUUUAACGCACACGUGUAAGUUUGGUGCCACCGAUUUUCAGGAGGCAAAAUAAAGUAGGAAUUUCAAGGCAAACGUAGGCUAGGGAUACAAAGUUUAUGAAAAACAAGCUUGGAUCAAUGCGUAUCUCCGCCCGUGGGAUUGCGAACCCAAGACAUCCGAAGAGGAAUUACAGCGUCUCCUUCUCAAAGUUGAUCGCUGUACAUGAUUUUUCUGUCUCUUGCACAUGAGGACCACAAUUUUUUAGCGCAUGGAUAAGUUUUUGUAGUGGAUAACAUUUUUUUUUCUCCUCUGCUUGCACUGCAUUUUGCUGCUUCUGAUGAGGAUCCUUUCUCCCCCUUUCCCCUACUUCAGUUUCAUUCAUGGCACUUCUUUUUUGUAAAUCAGUGAUGUCCCUACGCGACGGUACUCGCGGUUGAUUUUUCAUCCUAUCCAAGCGGAAAAGAAUUGCUGCUGUAAAAGUGAGGCUCCCAUCCACCCUUGAGUAUGGACUUAGCAAGUCAGGCUCAUGUGCUGGUGGUCUUGCUCACCGGUGUGGUCUUGCUAUGCUGGGCCCAGGAGAGGGACUAUACGGUGAAGGAGGAGCAGCCAGAGAACGUCCGCAUCGGCAACCUGCGGAAGGACCUGGACCUCAACCUAGACCCCAACAUCAGGCUUUCCUCGCCGCUGCAGUUCAAGCCUGUGUAUAAGACAGGUGACGUGCCUUUGGUGAGAGUGGAGGCCAACACGGGGGAGAUCUUUACCACCAAUCACAGAAUUGACCGGGAGAAGCUGUGCUCAGGGGUCUUCGCUGAGAAACGUUGCUACUAUGAGAUCGAGGUGGCCGUGCUGCCUGACGAGAUCUUCCGACUGGUCAAGAUCCGCUUCCUGAUCGAGGACGUGAAUGACAACGCCCCUCUCUUCCAGUCCACUGUAAUAAACAUCUCCAUCCCGGAGAACACGGCAAUCAACACCCGAUACCCGGUGCCCUCAGCAUUUGACCCUGAUGUAGGGAUCAAUGGGAUCCAACAUUAUGAACUGGUCAAGAGUGUCAGCGAGUUUGGCUUAGACAUCAUUGAGACUCCCGAAGGUGACAAGUGGCCACAGCUUAUCGUUCAGCAGAACCUGGAUCGCGAGCAGAAGGACACCUUCGUCAUGAAGAUAAAGGUGGAAGAUGGUGGCAACCCUCCCAAGUCCAGCACUGCCAUUCUGCAAGUCACCAUCUCUGAUGUCAAUGACAAUCGUCCCAUCUUCAAGGACAGUGAGCUGGAGGUCACCGUGCCAGAGAACGCCCCCAUGGGGACAUCGGUUGCUCAGCUUCACGCCACGGACGCCGACCUGGGAUCCAACGCACAGAUCCACUUUGCCUUCAGCAACCAGAUCUCUGCCUCGACCAAACGUCACUUUGCCAUUGACAGCUCUACAGGAAUGAUCACUGUGAAGCAGCCACUGGACAGGGAAGUAACUCCUGUUCAUAAACUCAUCGUCCUGGCCAGCGACGGCAGCUCCACCCCUUCCAGAGCAACAGUGAUUGUUAAUGUAACAGACGUUAAUGACAAUGUUCCCUCCAUAGACACUCGCUACAUUAUCAACCUGGUUAAUGGGACUGUUCUGCUGUCUGAGAAUGCGCCCCUCAACACCAAAAUAGCCCUAAUUACUGUUACUGACAAGGAUGCAGAUCUUUAUGGCAAAGUAGCUUGCUACACUGACCAUGAUGUUCCUUUCCGGUUGAAGCCUGUCUUUGAUGAUCAGUUCUUACUAGAGACAGCCGCCCCCCUAGAUUAUGAGACGACUCGAGAAUAUGCAAUUAAGAUAGUGGCCUCGGAUAGGGGGACGCCUCCUUUGAACACUUCAGCUAUGGUUUUAAUUAAAAUCAAGGAUGAGAAUGACAAUGCACCAAUCUUCCCCCAGCCGGAAAUCCAACUUUCCAUACCGGAGAACAAUGACCCCUCUACACAGUUAAUAAAAAUCAGUGCCACUGACGCAGACAGCGGACAUAAUGCUGAGAUUAUUUAUACUCUUGGCCCUGAUGCACCUGAUGGGUUUAACAUAGACAGACGGUCAGGAAUCCUCUCUGUUGGCAAACGACUGGACAGAGAGAAGCAGGAGAGGUACUCAUUCACUGUCAUAGCGAGGGACAACGGCUCCACAUCCCUACAGAGCAAUGUCACCGUCAGGCUAAUCGUCCAGGACCUUAAUGACAACAGCCCAGCUUUCACACACCCUGAGUACAACUUCUAUGUGCCUGAGAACCUGCCUCUCUACGGAACUGUGGGCUUAAUCACAGUGACGGACGCAGAUGCGGGAGAUAAUGCUGUUAUAACGCUGUCCAUUUUGAACGGGAAAGAUAAUUUCAUCAUCGACCCUCAAACUGGGGUGAUCAAACCCAAUAUCACCUUUGAUAGGGAGCAGCAAAGCUCCUACACAUUUAUGGUCAAGGCAGUUGACGGAGGGCAACCCCCAAGCUCCUCCUAUGCGAAGGUCACUAUCAAUGUAGUCGACGUAAAUGACAAUCGCCCCGUGUUCGUCAUCCCCUCCUCCAAUUACUCAUAUGACCUAGUGCGAACCACCACCACCCCUGGCGCUGUGGUCACCAGAGUGUUUGCCAUUGACAAUGACACAGGUAUGAAUGCUGAGCUGCAGUACAGUAUAAUCAGCAGCAUCAUCAUCACAUCUAGGGUCUCCCCUCGAGGUCUCUUUUCCAUCGACAAAACAACGGGUAACAUAACCCUGCAGGAGAAGAUAGUGGCAGCUGAUCAGGGGCUGCAUAGGCUUGUAGUCAAGGUCAAAGAUCUAGGCCAACCUGAGUCAUUACAUGCUAUAGCACUGAUUCACUUGUUUGUCAAUGACACUGUGUCAAAUGCUACUUUUAUCCAAGAGCAGCUGCGAAAAAGCAUGGAGACACCCCUGGACCGUAACAUAGGGGACAGUGAGGUAACACCUCAAGCCAACGGAUAUGUGAUUGUUGUCAUAGCUAUCAUAGCAGGGACCAUGACUGUCAUAUUGGUGAUAUUUGUGACCGCCUUGGUGCGCUGCCGGCAGACACCCAGACACAAAGUGGUGCAAAAGGGCAAGCAGAGUGGCGAGUGGGUGUCACCCAACCAAGAGAACCGUCAGAUCAAGAAAAAGAAGAAGAGGAAGAAGCGAUCCCCCAAGAGCCUCCUCCUGAACUUUGUGACCAUAGAUGAAUCUAAGCCUGACGACCCCACCCAUGAGCAUGUUAAUGGCACACUGGAUCUCCCUGUGGAGCUAGAGGAGCAAACCAUGGGGAAGUACAACUGGGCCACCACGCCCACCACCUUCAAACCCGAUAGCCCAGACUUAGCCAAGCAUUACAAGUCCGCGUCCCCUCAACCUACAUUUCAAAUCAAACCAGAGACCCCAGUGGCCCCAAAGAAACACCAUGUGAUCCAGGAGCUCCCCUUGGACAACACGUUCGUGGUGGGCUGUGACUCACUCUCCAAGUGCUCAUCGACUAGCUCCGACCCAUACAGUGUCUCAGAGUGCAGCUGUCAGGGGGGAUUCAAGACUGCAGGGCAAAUCACCACCCGACAGAAUCUGAGCCAGACACCGGAGAAGUCUUUUAACUCGCCGCCCCCCAUUUGUCCUCAUAAGGAGGCCUGUCAACUUGGCAAGAUAACUUCUGUGAAUACCCAGCGCCGUGUGACAUUCCAUCUUCCAGACGGUUCCCAGGAGAGUUGCAGUGAUAGCGGGCUGGGAGACCCGGAGCCUAGCAGCACGGCCAGCACCACCCAGCCUCUUCCCCUCAGCUUCCCCCAGGAGGAGUACUACGAGCAAACAUCACCCAACAGCCGCACCGAGGGAGACGGAAACUCAGACCCGGAAUCCACCAUCGAGGUGAACCUGCAGAAAGCCUUGGCCGAGGCCUCUGAGACCUGCACCCAGGAGUGUCUGAUACUGGGCCACUCCGACAGCUGCUGGAUGCCCCCAGCCCUGGCCCAGUUCCAGAGUCCUGGCAGCAACAGCCCCACCUCCACCCCUACCGCCACCGCCAUCACCGGUACACUCCCCACCUUUGGCUUCCAGCAGAGCUGUGCCCGGGGAGCCAAAGCUAACAUGGGCAGCAUGGGGGUCAUGGAUGGCCGCCAUACCCUGGGCAGGUCUGUGCCCAAAAAGGAUGAACUGGACAAAGGGAUCAACCGACCGCAGUUCUACAACACCCUGGAUAGACACUGCGGUAGUAAGAAGGAGGACCCCGUCAAGGUCAUCCCCCUGGCGAGCUUUUCCUCUCCCAUGCAGCAGACGCCCACCAGCGUGGGCAGCAGCUCUUUCUUACAUGAGCACCAGUUGUAAGAGUAAAAGACAGAUCUUCAUUGGCCUGUCAUACAUGUGACUCCAUCCACUGAUGGCUUUUCGUCGGUGACUUGUGAUUAGUAUGUAUGCGUACGAGUGGAGGUAUGCAUAAUUUGAAUAACUUUGACCAGCUCCAGCUCAGUUUUACUAAUGAAGACAUCUGAGAAUGGAUUCGAUCAUGAUGAUGUUGUUCAGACAAAAUCAUAUGGGAUCAGUCUGAAGCAUUAAGCAUUUUAAAGGAAAUGUAAGUCUUAACAUAGCAGACCCAUGUAGAAUAAAUUAAAGGUAGUUCUAUACCAAAGUAGUUCCAUCACAGAAAAAAAAAAAGAUAAUUUUUGCUUUCAGUUUGGUGAUGUUUGCUUAGUGAUAAGAACGGGCAAUGUACGCUUUAGCUCCUUGGGCCCAGCUUAGUGGAACUGUGCCCUAAAAGACCAUUUCCAUGCACAGAAACAAAUGCAAAUACAGUACUUUGUGUGGAGUGAGCUAAAUUUGGCUAAAUGUUAAUUAUGAGCUCUGGGUGGAUGGUGUUUCUGUUCAAGUUCUAGUGAAGUAUUGCUCUGUAUAACACGCAGCACAAACUCCUUUGGUGGUGGAAGAUGUUUCUUUUGUCUUGCCUGAACGUGUUUCAGAAGUCUAUUUUGGUCAGGGGACUGCAGAAGGAUAAUAAAAAAAAAAAGAAGUCUACAAAACAUAACUAGGCCAAUGGUAGACAGCACCGGUAAUCUUUUGCAUUCUACAUUUUCACCGUGGACCAGUACACAAAAUAUAACAGAGGAAGCCACACAAACUCUUGCACAUACACGCACAUGUGCCCAGGAUGUUUUCCAUAAUAUGGUGGUGGGUCCAUCUCUGCCAACUCUAUUAAGACAAUGUUCACUCCUAGCAUUAUCUCAGUAGCUUAGCCUUGGAAAGCGCAGACAGAUGCGCUUCGGAGACGUACUCUUUGUUUCCUUCCCUUUGUUUCUAUUUCUCACAUUUUGCUGCUUAGAAACUCUCACAUAAUAACAGCUAUGGAGCCAAUUAUGAAAUUCUCAGUCUAAUUACUUUGAUGUGUGAUCUCAGUGGCGACCCUCAUUGUGGUUAGAAGGUCUGGAAUGGCUCUCUUGGCUAACCAGAAACAUGUACUUUGCAUGUGUAGAGGUAAUGAAAAGGUGACAAGUGCUCUGAAUAAGCAGCUUUACACACUCCCUCUCUUCCCAUCAUAUCAUUAAUAACAUCUAUGUUCUUGCUAUUAAUUAGUAUUUGGUGUUUUCAUACAGCUCUGUUUGGCUGUAUUAUCAGUUUUUACUGUGUUGACACCGGAAUAAUAGACCAGGGUGCAUGAAUUUCUUCAGGGUCCUGAGUCUAACUGAAUUAUUGAUGUUAAUGUUAUUUUUGUAGUUAUCAUAAGAAUAGGCAUUGGCACUAUUUGAAAAGACCUUCCUGCAGGCUGCCCCUCACCAUGGUCUCAUCAUACACACACUGCAUCACUGCCUAUGUGUGUGAAUUUUACUGAUGAUGAUAAGUACUUCAGACUAACUCUGCUGUAACAGAUUGGGUGCAGCAUAAUCUAUUGCUACAGCAAUAAGUGACUUUGCUGAUAUCCAUUUUUCUUUCCAGUAACAUCCAAGCCAGGUGUCUACAUCAUCAGGUAUAUGAUUCAUGCGAUUCAUUUUGUUGUACCAUCUUGCAAAUUGGGAACAGGCCUAAAUCUAUAAUGCAAUGUGGCAUUCUUGAGGGAGGGUGCAAAGCAAAUUGUGUUUGCAUGCUCUUAGCUACCACACCUAUUCUCUCAGAUACUUGGGGUCAGGACUCUUAUCAUUAUAAAGAGGAUAUAUCUGAGACUCAGUGAAAUGAUCACUUAAAGGAACAGUGUGUCAAGGACACAGGAAGGGGCAAUUCAAUUUCACCCGAGUCAAUUACGAAAAUGAAUCUAAUACAAAACAAGCAACUUAAAUAAAUCCUCCUACAAACAUUCGUUGAUGAAAAUGUCCCUGUUUUGGAAUCCAAUUCCAGCUCAUUUACUAAUACUCAGAAUUUUUUUUUUUUUUCUCCAUCACUUUUCAUCUCAUGUCUUAGGACAGACAUGUAUCGCCAAAUGGUAUAAACAAUGCAUAUUUAAUCAAAAGGAGCACAUAUCAAAGGGAACAUACAUCAUGAUGUCACAGAAAAUUGGAAUUUUAUCACUGACAAAUGCAAAUCCAGCACUUGUGAUAUUUGAUCAAAAAGUUGCGUCAAAAUCCUCGCAAAUCUUUUCAGUCUCUGUUUACAAUCAUGUGAAUAAGUAGGGCAAAUACGUUCCUGGUUGGAUCUUUUCAACAAAACUAAAACUGACAAAUAAUUGUUAGCUUUUUAAGAACACCCACCCGCCCCCCCACCCCCCCCCCCCACCCCCCCACCCCCCCACCCCCCGCCCUAUUCAUUAACAAUGAGAAAUACAGACACUAUCUGCUGUUGGAGUAUUUAUAAAUAUGACAAAGGAAAUUGUGCCCUUCCUCAUAUCACAGAGGGAGAGAAUAUCCAUGGACUAAGUAAGGGAUAAUACACUGUCACACUGUAACAAAAAUGUGAUUGUUUGAAAUAAUUUACCCAAUCACAUGUGUACAGGAAGCACAAUAUUACGUAUCUGUAACUCACACUGUGUUUUAGCUUACUCUGCCUACAUAACCCAUACGUACUGUAAUGUUGCAGCAGCAUAAUCGAAAGAGAAAAUCUAGAGGGAACAGUAUAAUAACUGCAUGAAUGUACAUCUGUACGAUGUUGCUUUUGAUACUAACACAAGUUAUUUUUCGUCUACUGCAGUACCAUUGUGUUUUACCAUAUGCCCUUUUAGAGGUAAAAGUAGUGGUGUUUUAAUUAUUAUUCAUCUUAAAAAAACAAAGAGCAUAUCAUAUGAAUGUUCAUUUGUUUUGGGCUUUUUUUUUUUUUGGACAAGGCUGCUCUGAGUAAGUUCUGUAUCAAAGGUUUUCAUCUUUUACAAAACACAGAGUGAAAAAGACAAAAUGUUAAGAGUGAUCACAGGUUAUCACUUUGCAUGAUUCUGCUCUCACUGCUAUUUUCAUAGUUUUCUAAUUCCCUCUGCCCUGAUGAUAGAUAUAGUAAAAAUCCUAUACUCAACACUGACAAUUUGCUUUUUUUUAAUUUUCUGAAUUUUUCUAUUCAAAUGUGUGUCAUGAUUACCAUUGCCAACCUGUGUCAUGUUUUGCAUGAACUGUUCGGACUUCCACGAGGCGUUUUUGACACUUGCCUAUGUAGGUCAUGCAUCCAUCAUCACAUUCAGUGUCAGUAUUGAUGUUUACUGCUCUACCUGUUUGUCUGUCUUAUGGAACAAAGUAAAUGUUACACAGUGUACACAUUCAAACUUUGUGAAAUGUGCGUACCAUUUAUGCCUCCACGUACACACAAAUAUCUAUACUGUCAGGUAACCUGGAUUUUAAACUGUACAUAGCAGUACCCCUAAGAACCAGUAAUAAUGGUUACAAACUGGAAAGACACAUACAGUGAAGACUGAAAGCUACAGGUUGAAUACUGGAAUUCACUAUGUUGAUAAAAAAGGAAAAAAGGAAAGCAUAAGAAGUGAUGAGAUGACAAUCUCUGUUGUAAUGUAAAUGGAUACAUAUGCAUAAUAUUGAUGAGAGUGUGUUUGAAUGUGUUUAUAGGUGAUGUUGUAUGUGUGUGAGGGGGAAUAUGUGCGUCUCCUUGCAUGUAUGAAUGUGUGUGUGUGUGCGUGUGUGCACAUAUGUGUAUACUGGCAUGCACCUUGCCAGAAUAUUUUAUGUACACAAAUGUAUCUUGUACAAAAAAACUAUAUCAAAAUAUGAUAUAAGACUUAAGUAUAUGCUUGUAAAUUAGUCAUCAGUGAGUCAGGUCAAGUUUGCUUUGAUAGAAGGCUUCAAUGCUUGCCAGCGAAUCUGUAUUGGUCAGUUAAAGCUAUACAGUCUGUGUUGUCAUGCCUUUGUAAGAUAUUCCAUUUAAAUCUAUGAAAAAAAAUGAACUUCCAUAUGGUGAAAUGAUUUUUCUUGUCAUUGAAUUUUACUUGAGCCAUUAAAUAUUGAGUCCUCAAAGUA